AUGGCCGCCGGCAUGGAAGAAAAGACUGUCGGCCUCUCCCGCGCCGACAGCAUCAACAGCAACAAACUCGGCCAGGUCGAGUCCGGCAACAAUGCUGCCGUCGCACAGCAAUACGGCGAGACCAUUCGUGGUCUGAGCCCUCGUCACGUCCAGCUCAUGGCCAUCGGAGGUUCAAUCGGUACUGGUCUCUGGGUCGGUAUCGGCGGCGUCCUCUCAAAGGCCGGCCCUCUCUCCCUCGUUCUCGGAUACACCUUCUGGGGUCUCCUCUUCAUCUGGCCCCUCAACCUGUCCGUCGCCGAGAUGUGCGCCUACCUGCCCAUCCGCGGCUCCAUCUUCGAACUCGCCUCUCGCUUUGUUGACCCUGCUCUCGGUUUCGCCAUGGGAUGGACUUACUUCUUCGCCGGUCUCAUGUUAGUGUGUACAGAAUACAGCGCCGUCGCGACUGUCAUUCAAUAUUGGAACGCCGACAUCAACCCAGCUGCCUGGAUUGCCGUUGCCAUGGUUUCAUGCGUGGCCGUCAACUUGAUCGCCGUCAAGUACUACGGAGAAUCAGAGUUCAUCAUGGCGUCGACCAAGGUCGUCCUCCUCAUCGGUCUCUGCUUCAUCACUCUCGUCACCAUGUCCGGCGGCAACCCCUUGAACGAUGCCUACGGCUUCCGCAACUGGGGCGACGGCAACUACAUCCACUCCUACUUCGCCCCCGGCGCGACAGGACGAUUCUUGGGAUGGUGGAAGGUCGUCAUCUACGCUGCUUUCACCAUUGCUGGCCCCGACAUGAUCGCCCUGGCCGCUGGCGAGAUCCAGAACCCCCGCCGCACCAUUCCUCGCGUCGCCAAGCUCAUCUUCUACCGUCUCGUCGGCUUCUACGUCGUCGGUGUUCUGUGCGUCGGCAUCAUCUGCAGCUCCCGUGACCCCGGCCUGUUGGGUGCUAUUGAGAACGGCGAGCCCGGUGCUGGUGCUUCCCCCUGGGUUGUCGGCAUCAAGAACCUCCACAUCAAGGCUCUUCCGGACAUUAUCAACGCCUUCAUUCUGCUCUCCGGAUGGUCUUGCGGCAACGCUUACCUCUACUCCUGCUCCCGCACGCUGUACGGUCUUGCCCGCGAUGGCCAGGCCCCCAAGUUCCUCCAGAAGUGCACCAAGGCCGGUGUCCCGAUCUACUGCGUCCUCACCGUCACCGCCAUCUCCUGCAUCACCUUCCUCGUCUCUUCCAACGCCGCCGUCGAUGUCUUCUUCUGGUUCGUCGACCUGACCACCACCGCCUUGAUCAUGACCUACACCUUCAUGCUCAUCACGUACAUGGGAUUCUACCGCGCCCGCGUCGCCCAGAACUUCCCUCCCUCCACGCUGCCCUACAUCGCGCCUCUCACCCCUUACUUCCCCGGUCUGGCGCUUUUCUUGGGCUUUGUUGCCUUGAUCUUUGUCGGCUUUGACAACUUCUACCCCUUCAGUGUUCGCGGUUUCAUCACCUCUUACUUUGGAUUCAUCUUCGGCAUCUUCACAUACGUCAUCUGGAAGGUCCUGAAGAGAACUCGCUUCGUCCAGCCCAAGGAGGCCGACCUCCUCAGCGGAAAGGCCGAGGUUGAUGCCGAGUGCCGUCACUGGGAGGAGGGCGGUAUCGAAGAGGUGGAGAGGGCGAGAUUGGCCCAAAUGGGUGUCGUCCGUAGAACCUGGGAGAAAAUGUGUCCUCCGGCUUCCGGCAACGAGCCGCUGAAACAACAAGCGGCCGGCCCGGUUCUCGUCGUGUACCGAACAUCGGCGAUGACCAGCCCCAGAGAUGCGCUCCACGAGAUAUUCGACAUCCAGACAAAAAGCCUGCCACCACGAAGCCUGUCAUGCACGUAUGCCCAACCGCAGCUGUCGCCUCAACCGGAAGUGAACUCUUCGGCUGGGACGAGUGACGCGGGGACGAGAGAGAGAGUGACGAACCAUCUGCCAUCUCCGGAGCACGAAGCAUCGAACGGGCCCGUCUAUCUAGAAGCCGGCCUGGAAGCCCCUGACGCCGCAGCCAGUCAUCAUCUCCCGGAGCCGGCGAAGACGACCCCGGCCCGGACCGGGGUCGAACUGGAUUUCUCCAACCUGGACCUCAUCUGCCCCAUCAACCCCGACGACAUCGCCAACCGAUGGCUGAACAAUUUCGUUCCCCUGCCGGGCCAGGCCGUCAAGAAUUACCCCCCUAAUAUCUCUGCAUUCAUUCAUCGAAUCCUGCAAUCGUACGCAAACCGCUCGAUCCGCGGCCAGAGGCUUCCUCCUUUUAUCCACUGGUCGCAGCUGGCAUUACCAUCAAGCCUGCCCUUGUCGACAUGCUUGUGCGUCAUUCGAAUUUGCGACAAGCCACUUCAAGGCAGCGAGGAUGUCGUCGCGGAGGUCCUGCAACGAGAGAUGGCGAAGCUCUAUGAACGACAGGCGACCUUCGACGGCAUGGUCCUGUUGUCGGCAUACCAGGCCUAUCUUGUCUACGCAAUGGUGAUCUUUUUUCGACUAGGUCGUGAGUACUAUCCGUUCCUUCGCCAAGCCAUGAUCAACUCGCAAGAGCUGGCAUGCGAGGCGGCGCGAAGGGGACUCGUGUGCGACGCUGAACAGAAGGGGGCUCGGCCGAGCUGGGAAGCCUGGAUAGUUGCGGAAACGAAGCGACGGACAAUAUUCACGAUGUGCAUGUUUGAUAGCGCUUUACUGACACAUGAUGGUCUUGCCUCUCACCUUGCCACUGAACUCCGCGGCUUACUCGCUCCCUGCAGCAAGUCCUUGUGGGAAGCCACGGACCGCCGUGACUGGGAGAUCAAGUACAACACGCAUUUGGCAGCUUGGGGUGACGGCGGUCUUCGCAUUGAAGAGCUGUGGCCAAUACCGAAAGACUUUGGGGUGACAGAAGUCGAGGAAAGACGGGCGCGGGUUGACUUGUGGUUGGAGGAUCUUGAUGAGUACGGAACUAUGAUCAUAUUCGACAAACGACAAAAGCGGCUGAUAGUUGCACUUGUGUCAACAGCAGCAACCUUUUCCGGUUUUGCCUCUAACAUUUACUUCCCAUCUCUAUCCACCAUUGCGGAAGACCUCAAUGUCUCGGUUGAACUCGUAAACCUCACAGUAACAGCAUAUCUCAUCUUCCAAGGCCUAGCUCCUAGCCUCUGGGGACCGAUAUCCGAUGGCAAAGGUCGGAGGGUAGCGUACAUCGGCACGUUCCUCGUGUUUCUGGGGGCAUGCGUCGGCCUCGCCGAAGUCAGGACCUUUGCAGGCUUGAUCGUUCUGAGAUGUCUCCAGAGCACGGGCAGCGCAAGCACUAUAGCCAUCGGGUCUGGAGUGAUUGGCGACAUUACGACCAGGGAGGAACGAGGCGGGUAUAUGGGGGUUUUCCAGGCUGGCCUGCUUGUGCCUGUCGCCAUUGGGCCGGUGAUCGGAGGCGCCCUGGCGGGGUCGCUGGGCUGGAGAAGCAUUUUCUGGUUUCUCACGAUAUACGGCGGAGUGUUUUUCCUCUUCAUGGUUCUUUUGCUGCCGGAGACGCUAAGGUCUGUUGUCGGGAACGGCUCGAGACGACCGUCGGCGCUCUUGCAGAGAUAUCCGCUUGUUCUUUACAUGCGCACGACACGGGUGCAUCCGAACGUCGAAGAGACAACGGAGGAAGUAGGAAAUCGCAAAAAGGUCGACCUGACGGCGCCUGUGCGGAUUCUUUUCAGCAAAACGGCCGCGCCCAUCACCGUCUUCCUCGCUACAUACUACGCCGUGUGGCAAAUGAGCAUCACAGUCAUGUCGACGCUAUUCAAAUGCCAGUACGGGCUUUCCGAUACCCAGGUCGGCCUGACGUAUAUGGCCAACGGGGCGGGUUCCAUCAUGGGCACGCUCGUGACGGGGAAGAUGUUGGACAUGGAUUACCAGCGUGUGAAGGUCAAGCUGGAGAGUCAGCUCCGCGGCGACAACUCGGACUUUCCGAUCGAGAAGGCGCGUCUUCGGCUGGUUCCAAUCCUGGGACUCUUACAAUGCAUAUCGAUUGCUGUGUUUGGGUGGACGAUACAGUUUCCGGAAAAGGUUCAUAUUGCGGUUCCGAUAGUGACGACGUUCGUGACGGGAUGGUCGGCAAUCGGGACUCAGUCUUUGGUCAUGACCUACCUGGUGGACAUCUUCCCCGACAAGAGCGCGGCGGCGAGUGCGAGUCUGAACCUGGCGCGAUGCUUGUUCGCGGCCGGCGGCACAAGUUUCGUGAUGCCGAUGGUCAACGGGAUCGGGGUUGGAUGGGCCUUCACGGUGUGUGUUGCUGCGCAGGUGGUCGCCGGUGUUGGAGCUGGGGUCCAAUGGAAGUUUGCUGCAGCUUGGAGGCAGAUGGAAGCAAGUAGAAACAGCCGGUUGUAG